UGACGUAGCGGAAGUCCGUGAGAAGCGCCAGUGUGACCGUGUGCCGUGCUCGGGAAAGAUGGCGGCGGGGCCGAUUUCGGAACGGAACCAGGACGCCACAGUCUAUGUCGGAGGUUUGGACGAGAAGGUGAGCGAGCCGCUGCUAUGGGAGCUGUUUCUGCAGGCCGGGCCGGUGGUGAACACUCACAUGCCCAAGGACCGGGUCACAGGGCAACAUCAAGGUUACGGCUUCGUGGAGUUCCUCAGCGAGGAGGAUGCAGACUACGCCAUCAAGAUUAUGAACAUGAUCAAGUUAUACGGGAAGCCCAUCCGGGUGAACAAAGCUUCAGCGCACAACAAGAACUUGGACGUCGGAGCGAACAUAUUUAUUGGUAACCUGGACCCUGAGAUCGACGAGAAGCUUCUGUACGACACCUUCAGUGCCUUCGGGGUCAUCCUCCAGACCCCCAAGAUCAUGAGAGACCCCGACACUGGGAACUCCAAGGGCUACGCCUUCAUCAACUUCGCCAGCUUUGACGCUUCGGACGCCGCCAUCGAGGCCAUGAACGGACAGUAUUUAUGUAACCGGCCUAUCACAGUGUCCUACGCCUUUAAGAAGGACUCCAAGGGUGAGAGGCACGGCUCGGCGGCCGAGAGAUUGCUGGCUGCACAGAACCCGCUGUCCCAGGCUGAUAGGCCUCACCAGCUUUUUGCAGAUGCCCCUCCUCCUCCUUCGGUUCCUGCUGUCAUCACUUCCCUAACCAGCGCUGUGGCUGCAGGCUUACCCGCUUUCCCUCCAGGACCCCCACCUGGGUCAUUACCUCCAGGAAUGCCCCCAUCCAUGCCUCCACCUCCAAUGUCUUCACUCACAGGGGGAGGAGGGCCCGGUUCUGCAGGCGGCCAGCCACAAGUCCCUAUGCCCUUCCAGACUGGCGGCAUGCACCCCGGUCUUCAGAUGCAAGUCCCGCACCCGUCGAUGAGUCCUUCCCCCGCUCAGAUGGCCUCGCGUCCUCCCGGCAUGAAUCCCCCUGGACCACCUCCAAUGGGAAUGCCACCCCGGGGUCCUCCGUUUGGGGCAAUGGGAGGAUUACUCUUGCACUCGGAAGGGUUAAUCUAG